CCAGGUCUCCCGGUGGGGGGGCCCUCCGGCACUAAGCACUGCCUGGGGCUCCUUCCCCCCCGCAGGGGACGCACGUCUCGAGUCCUGCAGGCUGCUCUGAGUCUGAGCCCGCCUGAAAGGGUCCCCGCGAAGAUGGCAGCCCCCUACCCCGGCAGUGGCAGCGGAGGCGAGGUCAAAUGCGGGGCAGGUCGUGGCGGCAGCGUCCCGUGGGACUUUCUGCCGGGGCUCAUGGUCAAGGCCCCGCCCGGACCCUGUCUGCAGGCGCAGCGCAAGGAGAAGUCCCGGAACGCGGCGCGCUCGCGGCGCGGAAAGGAAAACCUGGAGUUCUUUGAGCUGGCCAAGCUGCUCCCGCUGCCCGGAGCCAUCUCGAGCCAGCUAGACAAGGCGUCCAUCGUGCGGCUCAGCGUCACCUACCUCCGCCUGCGCCGCUUCGCCGCGCUGGGGGCGCCUCCCUGGGGGCUGCGGGCCUCCGGGCCCCCGGCCAGCCUCGCCCCAGGCCGCAGGGGCCCGGUGGCGCUGGUCUCCGAAGUCUUCGAGCAGCACCUCGGUGGACACAUCUUGCAGUCCCUGGAUGGCUUCGUGUUUGCCUUGAACCAGGAGGGCAAGUUCCUCUACAUCUCAGAGACGGUCUCCAUUUAUCUGGGUCUCUCACAGGUGGAGCUGACGGGCAGCAGCGUCUUCGACUACAUCCAUCCUGGGGACCACUCCGAGGUGCUGGAGCAACUGGGGCUGCGGGCCCGGAUUCCCGGGCCCCCCACCCCGCCCUCCGUUCCCUCUUCUUCCUCCUCCUCCUCAUCUUCCUCCUCGCUUGCGGAUACGCCUGAGAUCGAGGCCGGCCCCACCGAGGUGCCCGCUUCCGCCCGGGUCCAGGAGCGCUCCUUCUUCGUCCGCAUGAAGUCCACCCUCACCAAGCGGGGGCUGCACGUCAAGGCUUCUGGGUACAAGGUCAUCCACGUGACCGGUCGCCUUCGGGCCCGCGCCCUGGGCCUUGUAGCCCUCGGCCACACGUUGCCGCCGGCCCCCCUGGCUGAGCUGCCACUGCACGGACACAUGAUCGUCUUCCGUCUCAGCCUCGGUCUCACCAUCCUUGCUUGUGAGAGCAGAGUCAGCGAGCACAUGGACUUGGGGCCCUCAGAGCUGGUGGGCCGCAGCUGCUACCAGUUUGUCCACGGACAAGAUGCAGCCAGGAUCCGCCAAAGCCACUUGGACCUGCUGGACAAGGGCCAGGUGGUGACUGGGUACUACCGCUGGCUGCAGCGUGCUGGGGGCUUCGUGUGGCUGCAGUCCGUGGCCACCGUGGCCGUGAGCGGGAAGAGCCCUGGGGAGCGCCACGUGCUCUGGGUCAGCUACGUGCUCAGUCAAGCUGAGGGCAGCCAGACGCCCCUGGAUGCCUUCCAGCUUCCAGCCAGAGCGGCCUGUGAGGACGUGUCCAGCCCAGAGCCGGAGCCCGCAGAGCUAGCGCCUGCAGUGGAAGGAAAGCAGGCUGCUCCCCUGGAGAAGGACGAGGCCCCCCAGAGCCACGGAAAACUCAUCAAAGUGGAGCCUGGCCCGGGUGAGACCAAGGACCUGGAGGACAGUGGGGACGAGGAGCUGGCUGGCCGCCCAGCCCCGCCACGGCCCGAGUUCACGUCCGUCAUUCGAGCGGGAGCCCUGAAGCAGGACCUCGUGCGGCCGUGGGGCCUGGUGCCUGCCGGGGACCGCCCGCCAGCCCUGCUCCACGCCGGCUUCCUGCCCCCUGUCAUGCGAGGCCUGUGCACGCCUGGCACCAUCCGCUACGGCCCCACGGAGCUGGGCCUCAUGUACCCGCACCUGCAGAGGCUGGGCCCCGGCCCCGCCCUCCCCGAGGCCUUCUACCCCACCCUGGGCCUGCCCUACCCGGGGCCCACGGGUGCCAGGGUGCAGCGGAAGGGGGACUGAGGCCAGGGAGGACUGCCUGCGGAGCUGGACCCUGGUGGUUGGUUGCAGGUCCCCAACGGGGCAGGGGACAGGGCUCUUGGCCCCGCCGGCGCUCUCUGAGAAUUAAAGGCCUGCUCCCAGUCUGUGGCUCUGUCUCGGGCUGUGGAGCGGCUCUCACCACCUG